ACCCUUGCUCUAGGAUCACGUGUCAAAAUGGCGGAUCCUGCGAGGACCAUGACGACAAAGCCUACUGUGAAUGUAGGUCGGGAUAUACCGGCAUGUUUUGUGAAACUUGGCUGGCCAAUCCCUGCAACAACAUCGUCUGCCAAAACGGCGGGACCUGCACGGUCGUUUCAAAUGCCGGAACGUGUGUCUGUACGGCUGGAUUUACCGGCACUUUUUGUGAAAUCGCACCAGUCAACCCCUGUAGCACUAUUGUCUGUCAAAAUGGCGGGACGUGCACUUCCGUUUCAAACGUUGGGACGUGUGUCUGUCAGGCUGGUUUUACCGGCACUUUUUGUGAAAUCGCACCAGUCAACCCCUGUAGCACUAUUGUCUGUCAAAAUGGCGGGACGUGCACAUCCGUUUCAAAUGUUGGGACGUGUGUCUGUCCGGCAGGUUUUACCGGCACUUUUUGUGAGAUAGCACCAGUGACCCCCUGUACUGGAGUCGUCUGCCCGGCACCAAAAGUGUGUGUCGUCAUAUCCGGUAUCCCAAACUGCCUUUGUCCUUUUGACACAACGGGCGUGUUUUGUGAAAUUCCCACGGUCAACCCCUGCAUCAACGUCGUCUGUCAAAACGGUGGCACCUGCAUCCCAUCUUCCGGUCUGGCCAGCUGUGUUUGUGCCGGAGGAUUUUUCGGAGACCGAUGCCAGAGUUCCGUCACUUCCUGUCCGGCUGGAACUGGGGGUGGCAUCUCAACCUGUGGCGGCACCUUCUGCUCGACCGACGCCGACUGUGUCGGUGGCGUAUGCUGCCCAAGUAGCUGUGGUGGUAGCCUGUGCUACCCCUUCGCCUCUGGCCGAUAACCCAACAUCAGAAUAUCUGAAUAUCGCAAGUUCCAGAAGGACCACCAUUUUCUCAACAACAUUUGUGUGACUAUUUAUUUAAAAGUUUCGAGUAUUUUUAUUUUCUCGUAUACAAGUAUAGAUGAAGUAUUGUAAACGUGGGGAAAUAAAUACCACUUUACAUCUUUCUUGGUCGGAGUAAAUUAAUUUUGCAAUCUUGCUUGUAACGACGAAAAAUUGACACCAUUUCAAUUAGAUCGACUAAAUUUCAUUAAGUUCUUUUUAAAAGUGUUUUAUGAUUUUCGGUGACCGGAAGUAGAAGCUUACGCUAUUUCAGAAUUUAAGUAUCGUGCCUACAUACACACACAAACAGACAGACGGACACUUUUGUUUUGCGAUCAAGAAAAUCUCGAUGUAUGUUUCUUUCGCAAAUACACUAAGUCCUCAAUACACCGUAUACAGUAAACUAGGGGGUAUAACUGUAAAACGACAAUAUCUCAUUUCUUUUUUAUGUACGAUCAUAAUUUCUUUCAUUAUACUCCGGAUAUGAGAGAAUAAAAAAAACUAUUUCAAAAAUAUUGCCUUCUUCUGAUUCCACCUCACCCCCUCUUACUGUUACAUCAGAAUAUAUGAGAUAGUUUAAAGGAGAUCACUCUUGUUUAUUUUUUCUUUAGGUCUAUAAAUACAUGUACCGUGAAUUGAAUAAUAUAUACAUUGGUGGAAAAUAAAAAUAAAUAAAG